UUUCUCAUUCCCAUCAAUGGAGAGUAAUUGUGUGCAAGGGAAAAUUUUUGUUGGCGGAAUAUCGGUGGAGACAAGUGAAGAAAUACUUACGCAACACUUUAGUCGUUAUGGAGAAGUGGUGAAGUCACAGGUAAUCAAAUUUAGGGAGACUAAUUGUGGAAAAGGCUUUGGUUUUGUUACGUUUGCCGAUUCUUCUGUUAUCGAUCAACUUCUUCAUCAGCAACAUAUAAUCCUUGGAAGAACGGUUGAUGUUAAAUUGGCGAUACCUAAAGGUGCAAGCGGUCAAUGCCAACUUGGUUCAGAAUGCCCACAUUUUGAAAGACAAAAUAGCAAUAGCAAAAGUAACAGAAGAAAGAUUUUUGUUGGUGGAUUGCCUAUGAAUUUAUUGGAAGAAGAUUUUAAAACGUCUUUUGAAAAAUUUGGAACAAUUGAACAAGUUAACCUUAUCUCAGAUAAAGAAACCAAAACGCCCCGAGGAUUUGGGUUUGUUACUUAUGAUUCAGAAGAAUCUGUAACACAUGUAUUGCAAGAGAAACUUCACUGGUUGAUAAAUAAAUAUGUUGAGGUCAAAAAAGCAGAGCCAAGGGAACGGAGAGUUGUGAAUAGUAGUUAUUAUCAUAAUUUUUACCCUACAAAUUCUGGCUAUGGAAUGUGGCAAUUUUAUGAUUGUAAUAAUAAUGGGAUUUUUUCCCCUUAUUAUUGCCACAAUCAUACUAUGGUACCUACUAAUUGGACUAGUUUGGGUACAAAUCUAUAUGUUCCCCCACAGCCUGUGGUACCAUAUUUUACCCCUACAUAUCCAUAUCCAGUCAACUGCUACGGUUCAACGCAUAAUCAAGUGGAUGAUAAUAGGGGCUCUUACUCAACUUUUGUUCAGAAUAAUGUGGUAAAUCAAGGGAAUGGCCAAGGAUGCAAUAAUAUUGAGGUUCAACUUGUUGGAAAUGGUUCACUUCCAGCUAAUGAGAGUGCAAAGCCACUAGAGAAAGAAACAGACAAUGGUGAAAAAGAUGACUUGGAGAAAAUUCCCCAGGACAAUACAAAAGAAAACAAUGGUGAAAAAGAUCACUUGGUGAAAAUUCCCCAGGACAAUACAAAAGAAAACAAUGGUGGAAAAGAUCACUUGCUGAAAAUUCUCCAGGUCAAUACUGAAGAUGACACCUAAAGUACAGGGAAUUAAUGGAGU